CGUUUCGUACUCCGCCCCGAACCCUUCUCCGACUCCAACUCCGGCUCCGGCUCGCCGUCGGUCGGCCACCCAUUAAAACCCUCGCGCGCCGCCGCCGGAGUCCGGACCACGCACGCACGCAGCUCCGCGAAAAGCACACGCCGAGCGAUGGCGUCGCCGUCCGCCGCGCCCAAUCCACGGAUCCAUGCCCGUGCAAGCACAAGAGGCGCAGUCAAGGAGUGCCAAGGCAAGAGCAAGUUCUUCCUCGAGCACCAAGCCAAGUGGGAGAAGGAAGGGAACAAAGGCUACGACACCAACGCGCACGGCUGGCGCUUCGCCUACGAGCUCACCUUCCCGGAAGGCGAAAUCCCUUCUGACUGGGGGUACAGCAAGCCCCUGUGGGACGAGCACGCCAAGGACGAGGCUCGUCGCCGCCACCGAGAGGCGAAGCAGCGCAAGAACGAGGCGCUGCAACGCCAGCAGCGCAUAGAGCAAGUACGAACACGCUGGCGGGAGAAAUAUGCCGCCGGGAAGGCACCGCGUAAAGAGCAGCUGCAGAAGGAGGCUAUGGAUGAUAUGUUUGACUGGCAAGUUCUGGCUGAGAAGAGGCACACCAAGAAUGUGCAAAUGGCCUUGAACAUCAUCAACAGGAAGCAUCCGGGCAGAAACUACGAGCUCUGGGAGAUCUCUGCAAAGAGCACGAUCGUUGAGAUGGAACUAUCCUAUUGCCACUACAACUUCACUGCGUACUCCCCAAGCAGUGGAUUUGGGUUCUUCUUCGCCGAGACGAGCGACGAUGUUAAAUGUGAGGACCAAGUUCACUCGUGGUGUUCAAUCGAAACAGGCGAAAUAGGGUGUUGUGUGCGAUGCAUGAGUUAUGAGAUUUACCUUGUACACCCAAGCACCGACAAGUUCUUGUUCGGGGAUGAAAGCUUACAUUGCUGCUGUGCUGACCACUGAUGGCCAUAUUAGUAAAUGUAUUCUUGUAAUCUUGAAAAGCUGCCAGUGUUAUCAGUAGGAUUUAUCUAUUGAUAAUAUGUAAUACAAGAAGAAUGUUUGCUUGAGAAAUUUGUACGCACUAGAUUUUAAAUUAUACCAUUAUGUAGUCAAUGUCUUUAAUAACUUCAAUCAAGAAUAUACACUGGGGAAAUUAUUUUUAGAUAAUAUAUUAUAUUAACCCGGCCUCUACACCUUAGAAAGGUGUACACAGCCCAAAUACACUGGAGAAGUUAUAUAUAUAGCUGUAGCAAAUAUCUCUAUUCACUCGUUCAAACUUCAAAGUUGGUCCAGUGUG